ACCAAAAUCGCCCCGAUCUCGUGCAGAUGUCGCUUCGUUCUUUCCGUCAUGCAUCUGGCAGUCUCACGUGUUUACCAACACCGUGGUCUAAUACCGAUCGAGCUGUUAUGAAAUCAUCUCGGCGUGUGUCUUCGAAUCCGUGAGUGUUUCCCAACCUGGUGGUGCCCACAGAGCCCUAGGCCUCCGCCCCACGAUGUCCGCCUUCUCGCAGACGUCCGAGAGCGACGCGUGGACGCUCCUCUCGCUGAAGUCGGCCCCCAGCAGCCCCUCCAAGCUGCAGUGGAGCCCCGAGCACAAGGGCGACGCCAUCGCGCGCAUCGAGGGCCGCGACAUCGAGUACCUGGUGCGCCAGAACCGCAUCGUCAUCGGGAGGAACAGCUCACGUGGCGACGUCGACGUCAACAUGGGCCACUCCAGCUUCAUCUCGCGCCGGCACCUGGAGGUCUUCUUCGACCACCCCUUCUUCUACCUCCUGUGCAACGGCAAGAACGGCGUCUUCGUCGACGGGGUGUUCCAGCGGAAGGGGGCGCCGGCCAUACACCUGCCCAAGACGUGCCAACUGCGAUUUCCAAGUACAAACAUCCGCCUAUCGUUCCAGUCCCUCGUGGACGAGAACAGUGAGCCCCCUCCUCGGGUCCGUGAAGUGUCCCCCGUGCGUAUGCGAGACCGAGGCGGCGGCUCCGGCAUGGCCCCCUUACGCAUAAACAUCCCCGACUCGACCGACGUCUACGUCAGCCCUUUCCCCUCGCCCACGGGGACAAUCAGUGCAGCCAACAGUUGUCCAGCGAGCCCUCGAGGCGGACAUGGACGGAGGAACGUCUCAGCCGACUUGCAGAUGGUGGCGGCUUAUGCGGCCAAAGUGGCACGGAGGGACGAGGGCGCCAGCAGCCACCACGUGCAGAGCCACAGUCCCGACCAUUACAGGCAUCCGACGAAUGGGAACUCGAUACCUCCAGUGGUGAUUAAUGACGGGUAUGGGGCUAGUGGGAGCAAGGACGACUCGAAGCCCCCGUACUCGUACGCGCAGUUGAUAGUGCAAGCCAUCGCCAGUGCCCCCGAUAAACAAUUGACGCUCUCGGGGAUUUACAGCUACAUCACCAAACAUUAUCCGUACUAUAGGACGGCCGACAAGGGGUGGCAGAACUCGAUCAGGCAUAAUCUCAGUCUAAAUAGAUAUUUUAUUAAGGUGCCCCGGAGCCAAGAAGAGCCCGGCAAAGGCAGUUUCUGGCGCAUCGACCCCCAGUCCGAGUCGAAAUUGAUCGAGCAGGCGUUCCGGCGCCGUCGCCAACGCGGUGUGCCAUGCUUCAGGGCCCCCUUUGGUCUCAGUUCACGAAGCGCCCCUGCCUCCCCCAGCCACAUCAGCAUGUCUGGACUUAUGACUCCGGAGUGUUUGUCACGGGAAGGUUCGCCCACGCCGGAACAUAUGCUGGAAGUGAGUCAAUCGGCUCCGGGAAGUCCGGGUAAUCAGACAGUGGCGUACGCCGGCUCCGGAAGUAUGAUUGGGCACCAGCAGAUGUCGGCGCUAGUGGGGGCCACUAAGGCGAGACUGCUGCUGCCACAUAGGGGCGAAGGGGGCGAAGUGAAUAAUGCCAACGGACAAGAGCAUAGAGAAGAAAAGUACCACGUGGUGAGUUCAAACAUCGUGGAAGAGCGUUCCCUAUCCCCUGCCACCUUCUCACCGCAGCCUGUCAUCGUUCAAACCCCCAAUUAUUCACCUUACAGCGGAGGCAAUAAUUACGCUUCGGUGGGGCUCGACCUUAAAAGACACGUCGACGAACAACCGAGCGGAAGUCCAGCGAGUCCCGGUGACAACCAGGACAGUUUACAAGAACCGGAAGUGAAAAGAUCACGUCACGAACAAUACGACACGGAAUAGAGUUUUUUUAAUUCUAUAAUAAGAAGAAACUAAUUUUUUAAGUCACAUGGAAAAUUGUUAAUUGUUGUAAAUAAGGACACGAAAUUUCAGUAUUUAAAAAAAUGAUAAUUCGGGUUGGUUGUUUUGUUAUGUUGUUGUGGGGGAUGAUUUGAGGGGCUGAGGAGCCGAUUUUCAUUUUUUUAAAGCGUGGCGUGCUUUCCAGCAUUUCAAUAUCUUUGUUUUUCAUUAGGGGUUUUAUAAACAAUUAUGGACAUAGCUGGUAUAUGUGGAUAAUUGUUUAUAAUUUUUUAUUUUUCGAUUGAAACAGUCUACGAUUUAUUGUUAGUUCUACAUGUAUACAACAAAAUUAUAUUUAGAAAUAUUUAAUAAAGUACUAUUAUUGCUGUGAUGACUUUUUUAAUUAUUGUAAUCCUUGUUCCUAAUUGUUUGCUCCUCAAGUUCUAAACUGAGGGAAAAAUCAUCACAACAAUAUUUCGUGUGUCAGCAAGCAAUGGACGAUUUUGUCAUGUGUGUACAUAAAUCUUGAACUUUUACACUUUUAAUGUCUCCACGUUGUCUGUAUAUAAGGAAGGAACUCUACUUAUUCGCUCGAAAUACUGCUGGUACAAAAAUAGUCAAACACUUUCUCCAAUUCAAACAUUUUCAUGUGUUGUUAGUUUUUCGAUUUUUGUAGAAAUGUAUUUUUGUUUUUUAAUUUUAAUAAAACUUGUUUCCCUUGGACGUUAUCUCGUUUCUUUUCCCACAUUUCCCUACAAAAAUACAAAUAAUAAAAUAAAAAUAAAAUUACUUCACAUGACGAAUUUCGCAAGAAUCUGUUUUUCAAUUUUUAUAGAAAAUAUUUCUCUAAUUUACUUUUUUUUUAAUUGUGGCGCAAAUAUUACUGGAACGCAUAGAACAAUCUUAACAGAUAAGAUUUUUAAACUUGGGCAAGUGCUAAUGCGAAUUAAGAAAUUCCGACGAAAAUAUUUUGUCACUUUAGUCAGACAAAAAAUUCAAACAAUCAAUAUUUGCCCUUUUCUGCGAUUAGACAUUUCCUAUAAAUAGUGCACUAUUUUCAAAUUUUAUACAGUUUUGCUGAGACUCUGAACAAAAUGGAUCCUCAUCAUCACCAUCACAAUGCGCCCCCUCACCAUGGCCACCCCCCAGACCACCAUCCCUGUGGAUGUGGCCCUUUGCAUCAGCCUCAUUUGCCUCACUGCCAACAUUACCACCCACCACCACACCCAGGACACCACGACCAUCAUGGGCCCCCCCAUCAUGACCCGCACCAUGGGCAUCACGGGCCCCAUCAUGGGCAUUAAAUGUUUCAUCAGUUCUCCACUGUUUUUCCUUGAAUUUGUUGUGUAAUUUUCUUACACUGUAAAGAUAAUAAAACAUACAAAUCAGUAAUUUGUUCGUUUAUUUUUUAAGAAAUUCGACGUACAAUUAGUCAGAAGUAGGCAGGGAAAAUAUUUAUAAUCUUAGAUAAGAUAACAAUGUUUUUGGUAAAGCGAUUAAUACGAGAUAUCGGUAAAUUCUAGCUCAAAAUAACGCAAUUUUGUUAUUUUUCACUUUACUGGGCAAAAUAAGUGGUCCAAACUACAUCAAAUAACUUAAUUCUCAUUCAAUCACUUCGUAUUACAAGUGUGGUAUUUUUCUAAAGCAAAAAAUCAACCAUAAUUACCAUUAUUAUUGUAUUUUUUUUAUAUUUCUACGUGUAUUAUUUAUUUUUAAUUACAUUUGGAGAUAAAAAUAAUUCCUAAACCACUUAUGAAUCAUUUUGAAGAGCCAUCAGUUUGCAGUUCGCAAAACCCCCCUCUAAAAUCAAUACAAGUGUUUCCUAACUUUAGCUUUACUAUAAAUACUAGAAUCGUUUCACUUCCCACUCAUACAAACUUGUUUCGACUAUGGAUCAUCAUCAUCAUCACCACCAUCACGGACCUCCACCCCACCACCCCCCAGGUCAUCACCCCUGUGGAUGUGGACUUUUGCACCUUCCACACCAACCCCAUUGCCAACACUACCGACCACCUCACCAUCAUGACCAUCACCACCACCAUGAACCCCCACAUCAUCAUGGACACCACCAAGAGCACCACCAUGGCCACCAUCAUGGGCAUCAUUGAAAAUGAAACAUCUUUGUGUUUUUUAUUAAAAUAGUGAAUGAAUAAAUUGGUGUAAAAAA